GCGGUCAUGGCUGCAUGUGUCCUGUGCUACAGCGCACAGUUCGUACCUCUGGAGAGAGCCCACGAUUCCUGAUCUUCAGUGUGCAGGCCGUCCAUAUAUCAUAGCAAGCUGCUGCUCAUCGAAGGACAUCCAGCUUUGGCCCACGCUGCAGGCUGCAGACACGUUGCAGAGGGGCGGUGGUCCCAGUUGUAGGAAGACGAGUACGCGAAAGAGGCAGUUUGGACAUGCAUGACGCGACCACGUGGUGGUUCUUUCAGCGCCACCAUCUGUGCGAUGCAGCACUCUCGCACCCGCGCCAUAGGCAAAGGGCGGAGCAUGCGCCGAGCAGCGUGGUGCCUCGUCUUCCUCUUGCAGCACGUCGUCGCGACAACGGACCUCUGCUUGCUCGCCAGCACGUGCCUUGCCAACGGUGUCGGGCCCUGCACCGUCGCGCCGUGUCCGCCUUGCCUGUACCUGACACCGAGCGGGGCCUUUGCGUGCUAUGCCAAGGUCGACCAAGACAACUGCCCAAUGCCCGGUGCUCACGACUGCACGCACAUCAACGGUGGGUUAUUCCGACACCCGAACCACCCCACGGGGCAGCUCGAUCGAGCGACUCCAGCGCCAUCCAACGCUACAACGAUACCAUCGAACGCAACGACGCUGCGGCCCAACGCGACAAGUGCAGCCGCGACAACCGCACCUCCACGAUCCACCGAAACGUCCGCAUCGAGUACCAAGCCGUUCACAGCCACCAACUUUAUUCUCUUUGGCGCGCUCGCGAUUGCGAUCGUGAUCGCUGUCAUUUACGCUGUGACCAUGCGCCAUCACCGGCGACAGUCCAAGCGCCCUAUCACCAACACAUCCUUUGUCGUCCCACAUGGCACCAAGGGCGAGAGCAUCCCGGUGCUCGAGACGAUGACGGGCCGGCGGCAGCUGCGGGUGCUCGACUCGACCGAAGCCUUCUCCAUCUACACGCUGCGCAACCUUCCGCAUCCGUCGGACGAUUCGAUCGACAACUAUGUACUCGAAGACAAGACGUCCUUUGGGAACGCCCGCGAUACGCAAAUGACGAUCAACAGCCUCAUGGACAGCUCGUACCAGCUGCCCAAGCACACAAAAGCGCCGACGCCGCCGUCGUUCCACCGUCUGCCCGACAAAGAAAACGAGUUUUAACACUGUCGAUAGACCUAUUUAACCAUUGUGAAGAAAUCGUAGGGGUAGGUUCCGUAUCGUCGGCCGAG